UCCCACCAGCCUCCACUGACUGGGGGUAUACUACCAAAUAGAUUGAAUAACAACCUGAAAAUAACGACAGAUUUUCAGGUUGAUUGAGAAGGUUAAACUUUGAUAUGUGUUUUUGGUUGGGUCAAACUGACCAUGCCCAUUAGAAGCUUGAAUAUAUUUUUGUAGGUUAAGAAUAUGUAGGCUAGUUUGCUAGCUAACUCAGGGACAUGCUUUGUAGAAUACACCUCUGGUCAGUAGGCUGGCUGCAUUGCACAAUAAUAAACCUCCACCCAUCUGGCGACGCUGUUGUAUGUUUCCGGGUUCCAGAAGAACCAAGGAGUUUUCGAAAAUUCCUCGACUAGAACCCGGAAGUAGGAUUGGAGGUGAACAAAGAUCUGUAUGUAAUGAUGAGAUGCUCAUGUCACUCAAUCCUGACAAUAAAAAUCCUUGUCCCGAAAGUAGGAAUGCAGGCGACAAGAUUAGGUCCGAAAUAAAUCCAUUGAAACGUAUCGGGAUUAUUUUGGACAGAUUUUUAGCGAGUGUGACCUCUCUCUUCGCCUCUUCCUCUCUGAGGUUACUUUGUUUUGAUUUUGAACGUUAUUGUUGUGGAGUAAAGAAAGACAUAGUUAGCUACUGACUGAACUAAAUAGGCUACCCAACUCCCAGUCGUCUGAAAUAUGUCUAAACUACAGUUUUCUCGUGUGUUUUUAAAUGAGCGCUUAACUACGGCUGCUGUGGAGAUUUUCGGGGCAGUUGAGAAAACGGUAGUGGAGUACCAGGAGGAGAAUGAUCGGCUACGGAGACUGCUGGGGAUCACACCGGAGAUACAACUAUGUAGAAUAGACUCCCUGCAGCGCUCUGUCUCUGAAGAGGAGGUUCCCCCUGAGCAGCAGCACUGUGAGCAGGAGUGGAGCCCCAGUCUGGAACAGAAGGACCCAGAGACCAAACAGAUUAAAGAGGAACAGGAGGAAGUCAGGACCAGUCAGGAGGAAGAGCAGCUUCAAGGGCUCUUUGAUACCAAAGACUCCAUAUUCACUCCUUCCUGUGUGAAAAGUGAAUGUGAUCAGAAGGACCCAUGUCAAGAAGCCGUACAAGCUGAACACCCAACUCUCAGUCCACUGAAAACGUCUAAACUACAGUUGUUGAGUGUGUUGUUAAAUGAAUGUUUAACGGCAUCUGCUGCUGUGGAGAUUUUUGGUGCGAUUGAGAAAACUGUGGCAGAUUACCAGGAGGAGAAUGAUCGGCUACGGAGACUGCUGCAGAGGACACCAGAGAUACAGCUAUGUAGAAUAGACUCCCUGCAGCUCUCUGUCUCUGAAGAGGAGGUUCCCCCUGAGCAGCAGCACUGUGAGCAGGAGUGGAGCCCCAGUCUGGGACAGGAGGACCCAGAGACCACACAGAUUAAAGAGGAACAGGAGGAAGUCAGGACCAGUCAGGAGGAAGAGCAGCUUCAAGGGCUCUUUGAUACCAAAGACUCCAUAUUCACUACUUCCUGUGUGAAAAGUGAAUGUGAUCUGGAGAACCCAUGUCAAGAAGCCGUACUAGCUGAACACCCAACUCUCAGUCCACUGAAAACGUCUAAACUACAGUUGUUGAGUGUGUUGUUAAAUGAAUGUUUAACGGCAUCUGCUGCUGUGGAGAUUUUUGGUGCGAUUGAGAAAACUGUAGCAGAUUACCAGGAGGAGAAUGAUCUGCUACGGAGACUGCUGCAGAGGACACCAGAGAUACAACUAUGUAGAAUAGACUGCCUGCAGCUCUCUGUCUCUGAAGAGGAGGUUCCCCCUGAGCAGGAGUGGAGCCCCAGUCUGGGACAGAAGGACCCAGAGACCAAACAGAUUAAAGAGGAACAGGAGGAAGUCUGGACCAGUCAGGAGGAAGAGCAGCUUCAAGGGCUCUUUGAUACCAAAGACUCCAUAUUCACUCCUUCCUGUGUGAAAAGUGAAUGUGAUCAGGAGGACCCACUUCAGUCCUUGACUCUUCCCCAAACCCAGACUGUGGAGAACAGAGAGAGUCACUCUAAACCAGUGGAUCUCAAACCUUUUGUCACUGUGACCCACAUUAAGGGUCUCAACAUUCCCUGUGACCCUCCAGAUAAUCAAAACUUUGCCUCCAGAUACAGUUCAGCUGUAAAUAGCGACACAGUAGGACUUGACAGCAGUCCACCAUUGGAUCCCAGUCCACCAUUGGAUCCCAGCCCACCAUUGGAUCCCAGCCCACCAUUGGAUCCCAGCCCACCAUUGGAUCCCAGUCCACCAUUGGAUCCCAGUCCACCAUUGGAUCUCAGCCCAUUAUUGGAGAAACACUGUUCCAAACCCAACACCACGUCUAGAAAAACUUACCACUGCCGUGACUGUGGAGAAACAUUUGCUCUGAAAGCUGACCUGCAGAGACAUGUGACUCUCACCAAGAAGAGACUCAGUGAAUGCAGCUUCGGCAAUAAACACUACAACUCCACCUGUAAACUGAAGGCCCAUGUCCAACUCUGUCACAGUGGGAAACCUUGUACCUGUCCAGUUUGUGGCAAGACCUUCAAAUACAAAGGAGGUCUCCCCAGGCACAUGAGGAUUCACAAAGGAGAGAAACCAUUUAGCUGUGGUGACUGUGGGAAAAGCUUCAAUCAGAAGGGAAACCUAACUGAACAUGUAUUGAUUCACACAGGAGAGAAACCUUUUAGCUGUGGUGACUGCGGGAAAAGCUUUGGGCUCAAGCGGUACCUAACCAUGCAUAAACUGACUCACACAGGAGAGAAACCGUUUAGCUGUGGAGACUGCGGGAAAAGCUUUAAUCGCAAGGCUGUCUUAACUAUGCAUAUACGUACUCACACAGGAGAGAAACCAUUUAUCUGUGGUGACUGUGGGAAAAGCUUCCGGCAUAAGGGCUGCCUUAAGAUACAUGUACUGACUCACACAGCAGAGAAACGAUUUAGCUGUGGAGACUGUGGGAAAAGCUUCAAUAAGAGGGGGAACCUAAAAGUGCAUAUACGGACUCACACUGGAGAGAAAUCUUUUAGCUGUGGAGACUGUGGGAAAAGCUUCAAUACGAGGGGGAACCUAACCAGACAUGCACGGACUCACACCAGAGAUAAUUCCUUUCGCUGUGGUGACUGUGGGGAAAGCUUCAAUGAGAAGGGGCACCUAAAUGAACAUAUACGAACUCACACAGGAGAGAAACGAUUUAUCUGUGGUGACUGUGGGAAAAGCUUUAAGCAUAAGGGGUGCCUUAAAAUACAUAUAUUGUCUCACGCAGGAGAGAAACCGUAUAGGUGUGGUGACUGUGGCGAAAGCUUCAAUGAGAAGGGGCACCUAAAUGAACAUAUACAGACUCACACAGGAGAGAAACCUUAUAGCUGUGGUGACUGUGGGGAAAGCUUCAAUCAGAAGGUGGACCUAAAGAGGAAUAUACGGAUUCACACAGGAGAGAAAUCACAUGGCUGCUCAGUCUGUGGUAAAGGAUUCAUUCAGAAGUCUCAUCUGCUGAGGCAUGUGGAUAAAGUCCACAAAGGAAGAAAACAGGACAGAAACUGAAAGAGGAAAGAACAUUAGGACAAAGAGAUUGUUUGUCAGGUAUGUGAAUAAAAAGGCAGGGUGUGGACAAAUCUCUCAGGAAGCAACAGCGAUAUGGCCCUCAUCAAAUAUGCAGACGACAUGGCUCUGGUUGCCUGCCUGGAGGUCAAGUCCAUCUCCAGCUACUCCCAGUUCAUUGACUGCCUCUUGACGUGGUUUGACCGUAGCUUUCUUGACCUCAACGUCACCAGGAAUAAAAGACUGUUCCUUGGCGGAAAGAAAGCUGGGAAAUGGAAGCCCUUCUCUCGAGCUUGUCACCAUGGAAGGACGUGGAGCAAGUCACACAUUUUAAAUACUUGGGGACAAUUUUCAACCACAACCUUAGCUUCUAGUAAAACACUAACCUCAUCUACAAAAAGGCAAUGCCGUUUCUUUCCCUAGUUAAGAUAGUAUGACAUUUUAAUGCAAGCAAACUCACACUGAUCGUGUUACACAAAUACCAGAUUGAGUGUUCUCAAUUACAAUUCUGGUACCUCUCAGUGAUUUUAAAUUUUUUGUUUCAUUCUGACAUUUCAGUCUGACAUAUAACAUUUGUUUCAUUCUGACAUGUAAAUGUGUCAUGUUAUUUACUUUUCUGCUCUUGUGCACACCAGUAUCUCUAUUUGCACAUCAUCAUCUGCUCAUUUAUCACUCCAGUGUUCAUCUGCUCAAUUGUAACUAUUCGCUCCUAUGGCCUAUUUAUUGCCUCCCUCCUCAAGCCUUUUGCACACACUGCAUAUAGACUUUCUUUUUUCUACUGUGUCAUUGACUUGACUUUUUUCAAACAAUCAUCUUUAUUUAAUAUCGAUUAAUUAUUGCAAUAAUGAAGCUGGUCGACCCCACACUCUGGACUGUGUUGCCUCGAGCUUAACUUCAAUAUUUAUUGUGUUUCCUUCUGACAUGUAAAUGUUUAAUGUGUUCCAUUCUGACCUUUCAUUCUGACAUGUAAAUGUUUAAUGUGUUCCAUUCUGACGUUUCAUUCUGACAUGUACAUGUUUAAUGUGUUUCAUUCUGACAUGUAAAUAUUGAAUGUGUUUCAUUCUGACAUGUACAGUGGGGAGAACAAGUAUUUGAUGCACUGCCGAUUUUGCAGGUUUUCCUACUUACAAAGCAUGUAGAGGCCUGUAAUAUUUAUCAUAGGUACACUUCAACUGUGAGAGAUGCUUCACGAUUGGGAUGGUGUUCUUGGGGUUGUACUCAUCCUUCUUCUUCCUCCAAACACAGCGAGUGGAGUUUAGACCAAAAAGCUCUAUUUUUGUCUCAUCAGACCACAUGACCUUCUCCCAUUCCUCCUCUGGAUCAUCCAGAUGGUCAUUGGCAAACUUCAGACGGGCCUGGACAUGAGCUGACUUGAGCAGGGGGACCUUGCGUGUGCUGCAGGAUUUUAAUCCAUGACGGCGUAGUGUGUUACUAAUGGUUUUCUUUGAGACUGUGGUCCCAACUCUCUUCAGGUCAUUGACCAGGUCCUGCCAUGUAGUUCUGGGCUGAUCCCUCACCUUCCUCAUGAUCAUUGAUGCCCCACGAGGUGAGAUCUUGCAUGGGGCCCCAGACUGAGGGUGAUUGACCGUCAUCUUAAACUUCUUCCAUUUUCUAAUAAUUGUGCCAACAGUUGUUGCCUUCUCACCAAGCUGCUUGCCUAUUGUCCUGUAGCCCAUCCCAGCCUUGUGCAGGUCUACAAUUUUAUCCCUGAUGCCCUUACACAGCUCUCUGGUCUUGGCCAUUGUGGAGAGGUUGGAGUCUGUUUGAUUGAGUGUGUGGACAGGUGUCUUUUAUACAGGUAACGAGUUCAAACAGGUGCAGUUAAUACAGGUAAUGAGUGGAGAACAGUGGAACAGUCUCUCUUAACCACUAGACUACGGUCUUGUCUCUCUGAACCACUAGACUACGGUCUUGUCUCUCUUAACCACUAGACUACGGUCUUGUCUCUCUGAACCACUAGACUACGGUCUUGUCUCUCUUAACCACUAGACUACGGUCUUGUCUCUCUUAACCACUAGACUACGGUCUUGUCUCUCUUAACCACUAGACUAUGGUCUUGUCUCUCUUAACCACUAUACUAUGGUCUUGUCUCUCUUAACCACUAGACUACGGUCUUGCCUCUCUUAACCACUAGACUACGGUCUUGUCUCAACCACUAGACUACGGUCUUGUCUCUCUUAACCACUAGACUACGGUCUUGUCUCUCUUAACCACUAGACUACGGUCUUGUCUCUCUUAACCACUAGACUACGGUCUUGUCUCUCUUAACCACUAGACUACGGUCUUGUCUCUCUUAACCACUAGACUACGGUCUUGUCUCUCUUAACCACUAGACUACGGUCUUGUCUCUCUUAACCACUAGACUACAGUCUUGUCUCUCUUAACCACUAGACUACGGUCUUGUCUCUCUGAACCACUAGACUACGGUCUUGUCUCUCUGAACCACUAGACUACGGUCUUGUCUCUCUGAACCACUAGACUACGGUCUUGUCUCUCUGAACCACUAGACUACCUAGCACCUGUUGGAGGAAAGUAUUGUAAGAAACUCAUAGGUCUCCCCCCCUGUUCAAAGUCUCUUGAUGUUUUCACGUCAUUAGAAACAGGAUUUUCCGGUCAUCUGUUUUGGUAAUUUCUCUCGGGGUGAUGAGAGAAUUGUGUUAUUUAUACAUUGAACAUGAAUACUUUCCAGAAAAUAGCUCCGUCCAUCUGUCCAAGACUAUUUCUCAUCCAUCUUCAUCUAAUGCUGCUCAUUCAUGAUAGUGUUUGAAUGUUUUUGGAAAGUAAUGAUCUACAGUCAACUUCUGAUAAGUGAACGACAGUGUUUUUCUAGUCCCAAUUCAAUAACAUUCUUUGUAAAAAAAUCUGAUAAUCGCAUUUUCUAGUUUAGUGCACACUGUCACAUCAGUCCCAAGCCAGUUAUCAGGAGUCCCCUGUGUUACAAUGUAUUUUCCUUUAUUGGGCUCCCGAGUGGCGCAGGGGUCUAUGGCACUGCAUCUCUGUGCUUGUGGCGUCACUACAGACACCCUGAUUUGAAUCCAGGCUGUAUCACAACCGGCCGUGAUUGGGAGUCACAUGGGGUGGCGCACAAUUGGCCCAGCGUCAUCUAGUUUUGGCCGUCAUUGUAAAUAAGAAAUGUGUUCUUGACUGACUUGCCUAGUUAAAUAAAGGUUAAAUAAAUUAAAAAUGACAAAAAAUGAAUUCAGUUCAUGCCAGAAAUGAUUCUCCUAGAUCCCCCUAUUACUUGCUGUAACUGUUUCCCCUCAUGUAGUUCCAUCUAUUCCAUAAUUACUGGUCUGGACCUUGUAGUAAAACCCCUGAUUAUAUAAAUAUAUUUACAUAAUAAAAAUAGAUAUACUUUCCAGAAAAAAUCUUGAAUUUGUCCAAUAGUUUUUUUUAAAUGUCAUUUUAAUCAAACGUUGCUCAUUCAUCAUGUUGAUUUAAUAUUGUAUGGAAUAAUGAUAAACUGUUGACUCCUGAGGAUGAAUUGAUUCGCCAAGAUCAUCCUUCACUGUUUGUCUAUGUAGUUUUCGUUUCCCUUUGCUACUGGUCUGUAGGCUGCCUUGCGCAGAAAACCUCCAUCCAGCUGGCAGCGCUGUUGUGCGGUUCAGGGCACUCAGCCCACGAGAAUAAAUGAUUUUCCAAAAAUUCCUUGACAAGAACACGGAAGUAAGAUUGGAGACAAUGGUUGUCACUAGUUACCACAGCCACAAAGUACGAAUUGGCUAUAUCGUAAAAACCUAAGAAAACUCCAAUGUGCAUGUUGGUCCUAAUUUAAAGGUUAGGCAUACGUUUAACUGUGGGGUGAGGUUUAAAAUCAGAUUUUAGGAAGAGAAAUUGUAGAAACAGACGUCGCUAUUACUUUGUGGCUGUGGUAACUAGUAACGAUCCAUUGUUGUUGUAAAUCUAGACCACAGCAAAGAUGUUCUACUAAGAUAGAAUUGAAUUGAAUAGAUCACAUCCUGUCGUUUCCAAUGGGGAGGCAAGUGAGCCGAGUAGGUGGGAUCAAGUGUUGAGCUAUCCCUCCAGUGGUGUGGGUGCUGUGUUUUGGCAAAGUGGGUGGGGUUAUAUCCUUCCACUUUGGCCCUGUCCGGGGGUGUCCUCGGAUGGGGCUAUAGUGUCUCCUGACCCCUCCUGUCUCAGCCUCCAGUAUUUAUGCUGCAGUAGUUUAUGUGUCGGAGGGCUAGGGUCAGUUUGUUAUAUCUGGAGUACUUCUCCUGUCCUAUCCGGUGUCCUGUGUGAAUUUAAGUAUGCUCUCUCUAAUUCUCUCUUUCUUUCUCUCUCUCGGAGGACCUGAGCCCUAGGACCAUGCCUCAGGACUACCUGACAUGAUGACUCCUUGUU